AUGCCUCCUAAGCUAAUCUCACCUCUCUUUCCAUGGCUCAUCUUCUUGACACUGGUUUUCAUCUUCCUUUACUCUUCACUCCUCCCAUUUCACUCUUCUUUUUCUUCUUCAAGACCACCAUCCAACAAGAUCAGAACUUUUUCCCCGUGCGAUUUCUUCAAAGGACGUUGGAUUCUGGACCCAAGUCGAAAACCCAUGUACGAUGAGACCUGCCCGUUUCACAGAAAUGCCUGGAACUGCUUGAGAAACAAGAGGGAUAAUAUGGAUAGGAUUAAUUCUUGGAAAUGGGUGCCUGCAACUUGUGAUUUGCCACGGAUCGACCCGUUUCGGUUUCUGGGUAUGAUGAGGAAUAGGAAUAUUGGGUUCGUUGGUGACUCUUUGAAUGAGAAUUUCUUGGCUUCUUUCUUGUGCAUUCUUAGAGUGGCUGAUGUGGGUGCAAAGAAGUGGAAGAAGAAAGGGGCCUGGAGAGGAGCUUAUUUUCCCAAGUUCAAUGUCACUGUCGCUUACCAUCGGGCUGUAUUGCUCGCCAAAUAUGAGUGGCAGCCCAAGGAUCCUUCAGUGGGUGAGCAAGAUGGAUUGGAAGGGAUUUAUCGGGUAGAUGUCGAUACUCCUGCUGAUGAUUGGGCUCACAUAGCUGAUUUCUAUGAUGUCCUUAUUUUCAAUUCUGGCCACUGGUGGGGUUCUGAUAAAUUCCCAAAAGAGAAACCUCUUGUGUUCUAUCAUGCGGGUCAACAAAUACAUCCUCCCCUUGAGAUGUUGGAUGGAUUUAAAGUAGUUGUUGAGAAUAUGGUCUCAUACAUACGAAAACACUUGCCUCACAAGACCCUCAAGUUUUGGCGUUUACAGUCACCAAGACAUUUCUAUGGUGGUGAGUGGAAUGAAAAUGGCAGUUGCUUGUUCAAUGAUCCUCUUGAAGAGCUCCAGCUUGACUUGUGGUUUGAUCCCAGAAAUAAUGGAGUGAAUAAGGAAGCAAGAGUGCUGAACCAGAUGAUUGGAGAUACAUUAAAAGGAACAGAUAUUCAAUUGCUCGACCUGACUUAUUUAAGUGAAUUCAGAGCAGAUGCCCAUCCAGCAACCUGGUUGGGAAGGAAAGAUGCAGUGGAAAUCUGGGGCCAGGACUGCAUGCAUUGGUGCUUACCUGGUGUCCCCGACACUUGGGUCGACAUUGUAUCAGAACUCAUCCGUAUUGGGUUGGAGACAGGGUGAUUAAAAGUUUGACAGGAUCUUGCAUUAAAAUCUCAUAUUGCAUAUCUGGAUGAGUCUCAGGGGGUUUGGUUUGAACAGAUUCUUUGUAUGCAGAGAAACACCAAGAUGAAUAAUAGCAUUGGUGCAUCGGUAUACUACACAAGAAUUCUGAUCAGAGAUUGAUGACAGUGUUCCUAAUCGUAAAGCUUGCAGUUCCAUAUCUCGCGAAGGGAAAAGUGAGUGUUACAGGUACACUCCAAAUUGUAACAAUAUCAGACCAAGAGGUGAAAUUAUAACAAACGAGUGACAUGUCAAUUCAUUUAUUCUUUCAUUUGUCAUUUUGAUCAUUAUUUUAAAUAUAUGAUGAGACAACUGUGCUCUAUAGGUAUAAUACAGAUUCUUAUAUCCUGGUUUUAUGGAUGAUAGAACAGAUUUUUUGUGCAA